AAGCUGAUGCACUCCUUAUACACGUGACUCUGCCGAACGCUAUGGCCGUUUGUCCAAACGUGACAUCCACACAAGUCGCCUUACUGUCUUCGGUACCUGCGCCAGCUGGGCUUCGCUCCGUACUCAAAGUACUGUGACAUUAUUAUCCGGCCAAGAUGGAACCCGGGCCCGGCCCCAAGGUUCUCAUCUCACCACAGGUCAAAGACAAAGCGCCGUCCAUGAAAGGAAAUGUCAAUGCAAGAAAGUCAUUGACCUCGGUUAGUCGAGUGGUAUCCAAGACGUCCGUGCUGGGGGCGGAGGAUGACGACGACAUCUCCAUUGCCAACCUCGCGGUCCCGUACCGAGACAAGGUGCGCCGCAUGAAGCUGGACAUAGCCCGGCACAAAGGCAUCAUUGCGUGCACUGCUGUGGCUUCGUUUGCUUUCGCCACUUACUUUCUGUUGGCAGCUGUCAGCAUGCUGGCUAUCCACUGUAUGCAUCCCACGCCAGAGAACAGUGUGGCAGUCAGGAUGGGUUUCAGUCCGGUCAACAUCGCUAUCACGCUUAUGGCCAUGGGUGUCGGCUGUGCCACGCUUUCAUUGUCGCUUGCCUACUCAAUUGAAGACAUUAACUGGUCGUAACAAAUGCAAUAAAUCCGAGAUGUGGA